CUUCCCCAUUUAAUUCCCCCAGCUUUUGAUUUGUGACCUAUACCAGCGCUGUGAUGCAUUGAUUGGUCUUGUCGCUGAUGGAUUAGCUACCAAUAUAACACACUGCAAGUUUGCAGGGAACACACACACACACACACAGAGAGAGAGAGAGAGAGAGAGAGAGAGAGAGAGAGAGAGAGAGAGAGAGAGAGAGAGAGAGAGAGAGAGAGAGAGAGAGAGAGAGAGAGAGAGAGAGAGAGAGAGAGAGAGAGAGAGAGAGAGAGAGAAGCCCUGCCCAUAACAGAAUGGGAAAGGAGCAGCAGCUGAAAACUGCCUGAUUCUUCCAGCUCCUGUCUUCAGGGCGAGCAGAGCUUCUCUACACGAUUUCUUCUCCACUUGAGGAGGCAGCUAGCCUGGAAUUGCUGGAGAGAGUGUCAGGUUUGCAAAGCAAAACGGAACACUUUACGGAUCUUGGAGGCACCCUCUGCCAUUGCAGUGAAGAGAUGAACUGAAGAUUAAACAUGUACGGGAAUUAUCCACACUUCAUUAAGUUUCCCACAGGCUUUGGGAAUUCUCCAGUUCACAGCAAUUCUGCACCUGGAAAUCUGGGAUCGGGCCUUCCCACAGGGAAUUCCUUAGAUGGCACGUCCAACUAUCUUGAGUCUCCCCUCAGUGCUUCAAGGACUCUCUCUUCGCCUAUGAACUCAGUUAAUACAAUGAGCUCUCCGUACAGAGUGCUCACGUCCUCUAUGGGAUCGCAUCCCGUUCCUUUGUCUUCACCAGCAGGCGUGAAUUUUGCUGCACACACUAGCCCCCAGCUUAAUGUCAUGAAUAGUGUCAGCAGUUCUGAAGACGUCAAGCCUUUGCCGGGCCUGCAAGGGAUGGGAGCCAUGAAUUACUCAUCCACAAGCCCAGGAUCGCUGACCAAGCACAUCUGUGCGAUUUGUGGGGACAGAUCAUCAGGGAAGCACUAUGGGGUAUACAGCUGCGAGGGCUGCAAAGGCUUCUUCAAGCGGACCAUCAGGAAGGACCUCAUCUACACAUGCCGCGAUAACAAGGACUGCCUGAUUGACAAGCGUCAACGGAAUCGCUGCCAGUACUGCCGCUACCAGAAAUGUCUAGCGAUGGGGAUGAAGAGGGAAGCGGUUCAAGAGGAGAGGCAGAGAAGCAGAGAGCGGAGUGAGAAUGAAGCUGAGUCUACAAGCAGCUGUGGCAGCAGCAAUGAAGACAUGCCUGUGGAGAGGAUUUUAGAGGCUGAAAUGGCUGUUGAGCCCAAAACCGAAUCUUACAGUGAUAUGAAUGCUGAAAACUCAACCAACGAUCCUGUCACCAACAUAUGCCAUGCAGCUGACAAACAACUCUUCACGCUGGUGGAAUGGGCCAAGCGAAUCCCACAUUUCUCAGACUUAACACUGGAAGACCAAGUUAUCCUCCUCCGAGCAGGUUGGAAUGAGCUGCUGAUUGCCUCUUUUUCCCAUCGCUCUGUCUCUGUCCAGGAUGGCAUCCUGCUGGCCACAGGCUUACAUGUGCAACGGAGCAGUGCGCACAGCGCCGGAGUGGGCUCCAUUUUCGACAGGGUCCUUACUGAGCUGGUAUCCAAAAUGAAAGACAUGCAGAUGGACAAAUCUGAGCUGGGGUGCCUACGAGCCAUUGUCCUGUUCAAUCCAGAUGCCAAGGGUCUGUCUAGUCCUGCAGAGGUGGAAUCGCUACGUGAGAAAGUUUAUGCAGCUCUGGAGGCAUACACCAAACAGAAAUAUCCUGAGCAACCGGGAAGGUUUGCCAAGCUCCUCCUGAGGCUGCCGGCCUUGCGAUCUAUCGGCCUGAAAUGCCUGGAGCACCUCUUCUUCUUCAAGCUGAUCGGGGACACCCCCAUCGACACUUUUCUCAUGGAAAUGCUGGAGACACCCCUGCAGAUUACUUGACCCUGAAAAUGGAUUGAGGAGGUGUAGAAACGAAGGAGGGGACAGAGAGGUUGAAGGCUGAUGAUGGUUUCCACUUAGGAGGGUGUGGUCCUGGUCUACUUGUGUCCGUUCCCAUUCAGGGUGUGUGGGGGGGGAGUAAUAAGGGGAUGGUGGCACCUCUGUGAGCAUUUAGUGUCCAAAAGACAGGAUUCUAUGUGGCUGCGGCUAUGUUGCUUUUACCCCUGGCUGGCAGCAUGGUGGGCCUGUCCUAUAGCUUGUCGGUAACAAAACGGUGCCACCUGUACAAAUAAAUGAGUUUAAAUUAUUUUUUCACUUCCAAUAAAAACGAGAAAUAAAAUAAUAU